AUGAAUUCAACACUCUUUGAACCUCAAUCAGCAUCCACACCGAAAAAAUUCAAUACAUGUGCUGCUUUUCCUAAUCUGUGUUCAACACCACGGCCAGCUCAUAUUCGAUGGUCGUUGUCAAAAUAUACACCUCGUCCGGUCGACUCGUCAACACCACAGACAAGAAAAGUGAAGAAAUCAGCCGUUCCUGAUCUUCAACGUUUGAUUUAUCCAACAGCUCAGUCGAUGAAAAUUUGGCUGUUAUGA